AUGAAUAACUCGAAUUCCAUUCAGACGUCAAAUGUAACUGUUGAACCCUUCACUGAUUCGAGGGUAUCAAGUGGAGUGGAUUUGAGCGGCCUCAAGAGAAAAUCCGGUGCAGAAGGUUCAGAAGAUGCGUAUUUUGGUGAAGAGACCAUUGAGCGAGAGAAAACAAGAAGAAAGAUCGACCAUUCGACAAGCCAUUCAUCCUCAAUUCCAAAAGGAGAUCAGGAAAGCAAUCUUGGCACUUUUCCUCAUGGCGAAGCCUCAUCCUGCGAUUCUUCAAGCAAUUUUCACGCCAACUCCGCACUUAUACAAGCUGAGACUAGCGAAAGAAAGAUUGCAGAAGCAAAUCUAGGACAAGUCGACUACGCUCCAACGAUAGGUGUUGCGGAGAGUGCUACUUGGAGGGAUAAAGACAAUGAGGAAGAAGAAAGAGCUACUCCGUCUAUAAUCCAGCGAAAAACAUCGAAAACUGUGGCAGAGUCUACAUCCUUCCUCCCAAACGAAGUCGUAGUCAAGAUCUUCAAAGCCAUCUUGCGAUUGCCACGAGAGCCCGACACACCGCCAACUUCGAAUCAAGACUCAAAAUCAACUUUAAAUUCGACAGAAGAUGAGGACGAUAGUCGUUGGGAUAGCUAUACAAAUGGCGAAGUGUCAUACAACCUUGGAAGAAAGGAGUUUGGAACAGAUAACGAUGGAAUUAUUGAGGCUAUUUGCUUUGCUCUUACAUGUCCUAGAUAUUGGAUUGUCUUCCGCGAUCUCUGGUGUUAUUCAGAUACCAACAAGAUCGUCAAAGACUUCGGGCUAUCGAUGCCACAGGAGCUUGUUCUCGCACCUCUUCUAGAAACAUGGAUGGGUGAAAAGUACCGUCGUUCAAACCUCCUCACUAUGAAUCCUGCAUGGUCUACAGAGAUGGGCGAGGAUGGAUCUCAAGGAUACAUCAACAUGUUUCUUUCAAGAAGUGUCUAUGGCCAGGGGGAUAAUGAACGUGAUCUGAAAAAGGAGCAGUCUUUAUGGGACAGGUACAAGGCUAGGUCUCAAAUACUAGAUUGCAGUGAAGGUGAUAACUUGGAGUAUUUUGAAUAUAGUGGACAGUCUCCGGAAUAUUAUCCUAAAAUCCCGCUGCCUAGUCCUUUCAGAAUGGGUAGCAGCUGGUAUCUAAAAGCCGCCAAACAGUAUCGGGAUACGUUCAUAAAUUGGCAAUUCACAUAUUCCGAUUAUGAUUUUGUGCCGGAAUUUGAGGACAAUAGUAGGGACAUUGGUCCCCUGAGCUGUGCAAUGCAACGUUCUUGGGAGUCAUUUCGAAAAACAGCAAUCUUCGAAUGGGUCGGAAGGAUUCAGUCUACUAUGGAUCGUCCCUUGACUCAAGUCCAAGACGAGUCACUUCAAGUUGCAACGGACAUACUCGAGCUUCAUCGGGAUGUUACACAACUCGAUAUGAUAGUUGACUUUUAUGAAUUUGGGUAUAAAGUUGGAUGGGAAGAAAUCUCUGGGCCUUUCCCAACAGAUGAUUGGGAAACGUACGCAUAUGACGCUAUGUGUUCUACAGUCUUUUAUGGGCAUGACUUGUGGGAGCCGGAACUUCCUCUCUACUCGUAG